AACAUUUCAGCCGACGCCGCACAAACAGUCGACUAAGAGAUUCCGUGACAGACAGUUUGCAACGCCAGCAGAAUUUACAUAAUUGCUGUGUAUAAUAAUUAAAAAUUUUAUUUCCAUAAACAAUAACAGCGCGUUUUUUUAUUAAAUUGUAGUCAAAAUGAGAACCACAAUUACAAAAGUGUCUUUUAUCUGUUUGCUAAUGGUACUCGCGCUUGUCACAUUGGCUAGCGCAGAUUCACAAUCGAAGCCGAAACAAUGCAACGAAGAAUGUCCCACGACACGCGAUCUCGUUUGUGGCUAUGACAGUAAUUGUUAUGCUAGAUUUGACAACAAAUGUCUAUACGAUCGAUUAAAAUGUAACACGAAGCACAAUCUCGAAACGGUGGACAUGUCCCUGUGUGAUUUAGCUGAACGUAAAACCCAUCCAGCUUAUAGGCUUUGCUAAGGACUAAGGACACUCGCCUACUCUAAUAUGUAUUUUAAUAAAUUAUUUGCAAUGUCAUUACCAAACUAAAUGUUAAACAACAAAUAUACUCAAAAUAUCACUACACUACACUAGUCUUAAGCGGAUUUCUUGUAGACAAUACUUAUAAACAAAAACCAAAAAUAACCUAACAAACUUGACACUAAACAAUGUUCUCAUCAUUCAAAUAGAAUAAAGAAAUAACAAAGUUUUUACCCUACUAGCGAA